GAUUCGUUUAGACCGUGAAUGCAGCGCCGUUAUUUAGUGAUCUUGCUGGGAAAGUGAUAAAUCAACGCUGAAGCGAUGCUAACCUUUCUGGCGGCUGCGGUAUCGGACAGAAAACGAUACCACGCUCAUUUAUGGCUCCGUCGUGUCCCAGCUGAGCCAUGUCCGCUGGUGGUGUCGGAUCCCGAUGUCAGUUUAUGAUGAAACCCUGGAUGCGAGAAAUCGAGGAUAACGGAGCGCAGCGGACAGGCAGAUCGACGGUUACAGACGUUAAAUUAACGGCUUUAACCGCGCAUACGCCGCGCUCCUGUAAAAGCUAAAGAAAACGUCAAGACAAGCGGUUCUGCUGGGCUGGUUUGGGCCAGAGAUGGAAAAAAUGACGCCGCACUCUGCCGCUGGUCUGAGUGAAGGAGGAUAGAAAAACAUCCCGAGAUAAAAGACUUCGACCGUUACACUUCACCGCAAAAAAAUGUCUUUCACCAUGGAGGAUAAUGUGGAGUUGGGCUGGGUUGCCGUUCGACCGCAUGCGUUUGAGGAGAAAGAAAAACAUAAAUUCGUUUUUAUUGUCGCAUGGAACGAGGUGGAGGGUAAGUUUGCCAUUACGUGUCAUAACAGGACGGCGCAGAGGAGAAGCUUUGGAAGGGACCUUCCGGUGGCGACUACUAGAGAUGGAGACAAACCAAAAUGGCCCGAAAGUCCCCUUAGGGGCAAAGUAGCCAAGAGUCCCAUUCAAGGAGGUGGUUUUACAGGGUGCACAUCCAAAACCAAGUCUCCCUCAGUGACAGGGACAAGUCCUGCCAAAACUUUGAUCAGUCCUGAUCUAGAGGUGUUGAAAUCUACACCAGAUGACCCUCUGCCCCCAACGUUUGAGAGUUUGGACUUGGAGGAAGUGGACCGUUUCAGCAGAGAGGAUUGCAGCUGGGCUGGACUCUUCUCUUUCCAAGAUCUUCGGGCAGUCCACCAGCAGCUGUGCUCUGUCAGCUCAGAACUGGAGCCCUGUCUUCCGGUCUUUCCAGAAGAACCAGCCGGGAUGUGGACGGUGCUGUUUGGGCCUGCAAAGAUCUCGGAAACUGAAAUGGAAGAGUUGUGCUACAGUUUGCAGGUUUAUUUUGGUCACGCGCUGGAUACAUGUGGCUGGAAGAUCUUGUCGCAAGUUCUCUUUACUGAAAAUGAUGACCCGGAUGAGUACUACGAAAGCCUGAGUGAGUUAAGGCAGUCUGGGUAUGAGGAGGUGCUCAACCAUGCUACGAAACAUCUACAGGAGCUGCUGGAGAAGCACAGGAGCAUGGAGAGCAUGGUGGAGCUGUUGGAACUGUAUGAGGAAGAGGAUCAGGCCUAUGGCGGCCUAUUGGAGGCCUCCACACAGCUGUACCAGUACCUGCUGCAGCCCUUCAGAGACAUGAGGGAACUUGCAAUGCUCCGCCGACAGCAAAUCAAGAUCUCCAUGGAUAACGACUACCUUGGCCCACGGCGGAUCGAAGCUCUAAAAAAGGAGGACACUGACUGGCAGAAGAAGGCUCAGGAAGCCGUCCUCAGCAUCCAGGAGUUUACUGUCAAAUACUUUGAGAUCACUGCUAGAGCUCAGAAAGGAUUGUACGAGCGCAUGAAAGUGGAUCAGCGUAAGUUCGGAAAGGCGUCAUGGACGGCGGCUGUGGAACGCAUGGAGAGACUCCGUUACAUGGUCACCAAGGAAACCCUACAGCUGCAGAGAGCCAGGGAAAUUUGUCUGGAGCAGAGAAAGCACACACUUCGAGAAGAGAUGCAGAGUCUGUACAGCAGCGACGAUGCCAUGGUCCUGUUAGACCACAUGGAGGCGCAGUACUACGAGCUCCAGCUCCAACUCUAUGACAUCCAGGCGGACAUCCUGCAGUGUGAGGAGCUGCUCCUCACCGCACAGCUGGACAGCAUUCGGAGACAGAUGACAGAGCGGCAGGAUGAGGUGGUUUAUUACGACACAUACGAAAGUCCAGAUGCUAUAACGGAGGACGAUCCUGCAGACAGGGAGGAGGUGCGGAGACUUCAAUCCAGUGCGCGGCAGCUAGAGGCCAGAAGAGGGCGCAUCGCUGCCAAGCGCUCCUAUCUGAGGAACAAGAGGGAGAUCUGUGUUUCCAGCCACGCUGAAAAACAGCACAAACGUCAACCCAUGCAGGACUACCACAGAGUCUUGCAGCUGAAUGAAGAGGAAGAUGAGGAGAGGCGGAACAGCAGAGUAAGUCAGGAAAGACAGAGAACUCUUGACAGACUGCGCACCUUCAAACAGCGGUAUCCGGGUCAGGUGAUUCUGAAGUCCACUCGACUGCGUGCAGGACACUUCCGACGAAGAGAGAGAGGGAAGAGUGUAGAAACGGGUGGCAGAAGAGAAAGAGAGGAACGUGCAGACUUUGUUUGCAUCCAGCCGCUGGACAGACCACUAUGUUCGAGUACCAGUGUGCAGACGGACCCCAGCACCACGCUCACCAUGCAGCCCGUCGCGGCCCUCGCAGUGUCGCUUCCACCUCAGCCAGCGCCCACUACUGCUGAAUCUUCAUGCUCCCCCUGCUCCUUGUCAUCGCUGCUGCCUUCCCCCAUCACUCCUCCACCUCCGCCUCCACCUCCCCCACUCGUCAAAGGGGAGCUGUCCCCCUCUGGGAGCCCGGAUCAGCAACGGCACAGGCAGAUGGCAGAGAGGAAGAGUUCAGCAGAAGACCUCUGUCUGUCCCCUCUCAGCCCAUUCAUUCCUCGUUUCUUUGACAGCAGCCAGCUGGUGAGCGCGCGCAAAAAGUUGAGGAAGACCCCGGAGUUUGAGGCCAACAGCAGAAGAGUGAGUUCCCCCAUGGAUGAGGUCCUGGCUUCCUUGAAGAGAGGCAGCUUCCACCUGAGGAAGGUGGACCAACGCCCCCUGCCUCCUCCCUUGGGCGACGAUGACCCCAAUAGCAUCCUGGCCCAGAUUCGCAGAGGUGUCAAACUGAGGCGUGUUCCACGCAAAGAGAGAAAAGACCAGGGAGAGCUUCCAGUUUCCAAGGAUCCCCUGACGAGGAGCAUCCAUGAGGUGCUGCGACGUAUCAAGGAGGCCUCGCCAGAGUCUGACUCAGACGAUGACGGACUCACUGGCCCCGAUUGGGAAAAUUAGGAUUUAAAGCUGAAACACAACAAAUAAUCUACACAGAUGCCUGCACCUUACAGGACUGCACAUGAUUUACUGUACUGUUCACACACUUAAUCACACACAGGCAGUCACACGUACAUCCAUUGACAGUGCCUGGGCCUAACUCGAAGUAUCACCAACUCACCAAAUGCUUCAACGGUAUGUGGUCAACCUGUUUGUUUACUCACACUAUGUUCAUCAUCGUGAUGACUAUUGCUGUCCAUCUCUACUGUAUGUCACACUGUGGUCUUAUUUCUAUAAUCAGGCUGUAAUAAUGCCAUCGGUAACUUAUUUUUUGCUGUUGAACAUUUAAAGAGCUCUGCGCUGGUCCUCUGCAACCACUUCAAUAUUCAGAAACAUCAUACCAGAUUUAAAUUAUAAUGGACAAGUUCUCUUUUUACAGCCUGAGUCAUAUUAAAGCAUUGUUAGUAUUCAGGCCUCUGAGUGCUCUACUCACCUUUGACAAUUACAUCAUAUGAGAUAAAUCCCCUUUUUCAAAAUUUGCUUUAAAAGAAAUACAUGAUUAUCAAUAGGGCAACUGCAACAGAGCUCUAAAUAAACUUGAACUAUGUUAUUCUGAGCCAUUGCAUAGUAGAGUUAUGAAGGCAUCCUUGCAUUUUAUGACUUCCACAGGGUUUACCGUUAACAUCACGAAAAUAAGUUACCACCAAAAGCAAAAAGGCACUCCUACUUCAAAGGCAAAACCUAAAUAUAUGUCAGCUCAAAAGUAAAAGGUUGCAAGUC